AUGGCCAGAGUGGUCGACUUCUGCCCGGGCAGCGAUGAUGAGCUCCCGGAAAUCAGCACGAUUCUACGCAAACCCGGCGACAAGAGCACAAAGGCCACACUCAACCUGGUCUCUCCCAAGAAGGAAAUGCUUGUGCCCAAAUCAGCAUCCAAGUCGGUGAGCCGCAGAGUUCGCCGUCUCGAAACCAACAGCAACAUUACCGGAAAUCUUCUCUUCCAGAGGUGCGACCCGGAGGACGCCCGAGAGAUUAAUAGGGGAGACAACAGCAUCUUCCAGGGUUCCCCACGUAAGACGCCAAUGAGGGCAAGAGAGCCCAAGCACCCAGACUCCGUCUUUUCUAAUGAGUCUAUCUUUGAUGACUCGCCUCCUCAGACGGUUCGCACCGGUCGCGCAAGGCGUGUCAAGACAACCACCACCAUUUUUGAGGACGACGAGGACGAUGAGCCGCUUCGUCCUAGGUCUCGACAUAGCCGCCAGGUGGGCAAGGACAAGCUGCCUCCGUUACGCCUACAACCAACGACCCCUAUCCUGCGCCGCAACCGUGCAGGCAGCCGACCUGGUAGUAGAUAUUCUCGCCACGAUGCAAACAGCUUUGUUCCCGACCAAUCUACCAUAUUUUCCACGACCUCGGACGACUCUCAGUACCAAGACAAGAGCAGCGUUUCCAAUGGUUCCAGCUCAAACGCAUCGAGUCACUACCGCUCUGCUGAGGAUUCGGUUUACAACGAUAGUUCCUACUCCGCCUUCAGCAGCACUGGGUCUUCCCGAUCCGGAAAUGACUCAAGCCUGAGCCUCUCCUCUUGGGAGAUGAGCUUCGGUCAGCGAGAAAUAAAGCCUACAUCAGCGAGCAUCCUAAAGCCUCGCAACUCCAGCUCCAUCAACAUGACUCUUGCUUCGACCACCCAAGCACAGCCUCCAAAACUUUCGAUCCCUCCGUCAUUAGAGAGGCUUCCAGAGGAGAGUCCCGGGAUGUACAACGAAAACUUCGGUCUCAUUGAGCCUACUGCUGCUGAAGAGCUGACAAAUCAGCUUUCCAAGCUACGUCUCCAGUUCAAGGAAACCGAUGAUAGUCAAGAUGAGCCGGCCAAGAAGGAAUCCCCUACAACUCCUCCACGCACCCCUACCAAGACGACAAAGUCAACGGGGCUAGUCUCUCCGCUCAAGGCAGCUCAAAUUCCUAAAACGCCUCAUGGGCCUAGCGCAGACGCCUUCUGGAGCCAGGAUGUUGUUGACGGGUGGAAUGAGAAGCACUCACCACGAAAGCCUAUCCUUGCUCCCAAGCUUAAGAGCCUCAGCAAGAGCCCUCAGAAGGAUGUAACGAGGAAGACGUUUGAUUCAACCAAGCACGACGUUGCCGCAAAGUUCAUCCAAGAACUUGACUCUCGGGUUACCGAGGGCAAGAUUUCAGAACUUGCUGAGUCCACUGGCGGCGUCACGUUAGUCUGGUCCAAGACGCUCAACACCACUGCUGGGCGGGCAAACUGGCGACGCGAGACUGUUCGUACAAGCAAGCCAGACGGUACCGAAGUCGUCGUCCAGCACAAGCAUCAUGCAUCCAUCGAGCUAGCUGAAAAGGUCAUUGACAACGAGGACCGGCUCCUCAACGUGCUUGCCCACGAGUUCUGCCACCUGGCCAAUUUUAUGGUCAGCGGUAUUACUGGAAACCCUCACGGCAAAGAGUUCAAAGUCUGGGCGACCAAAUGCUCGCGCUCCUUUAGCGACAGGGGCGUCAAGGUGACGACCAAGCACACUUACGAAAUUGAUUUCAAGUAUAUAUGGGAGUGUGGCGAGUGCAGCACAGUUUACAAGCGCCACUCGAAGAGUAUCAAACCGGAGAAGCACCGAUGUGGUACCUGCAAGGGUACGCUCAAGCAGAUCAAACCCGUGCCCCGCGGCGGCGGCAAGCCGAGUCAGUACCAGACUUUUGUGAAGGAGCAGAUGAAGAUUGUCAAGCAGGAGAACCCGGGGAGGCCGCAAAAGGACAUCAUGAAGAUCAUUGGAGCAAAGUGGGCAAACAGGACAUCGGAGCCUGUUGAGGAUCCGUCGACAAUUCAGGAUCAGGUUGACGAGCAGCUGGCUGCUGGUUUGAUUGAUCUCACUCUCGACAACUCAGCAUAG